AUGGAUACGUUGAUGGAUGAACUAUUAGAAGAUUACUUAGGUAAUGAUAUCAUUGAUGGUUGGUUAAAACUAAUCAAGGCAAGAGAAGAAGUUGAUGAUGCUAAGGCUACAAAGGAAGAACCUUGGGGUUAUUUUGCAGGAGAAGAAGGACAUGAUAAGUGGGAACUAUUCCUAGAUGCAGAAGGCAGACCAGACCCAGAUAGAGAAUAUGAUAAAAUGCCUACUCCUAUGGAUAUUGAAAAAGCAUAUAAGGAAGUUCAUGGUAAACUCUUGAAGAUGCCUCCUUUUGGAACAGCAGGUGAAGAUUAA